CUUUUUCUUUCCCCUCUUUGAGGCUUUCUGAUGCCUAGAGUGAGCUCAGCUCAAAGGUUUCCAGCCUCACACUCGCCUCACAUUCCCCCACAGUCACAUUGAGCUCUGUGAUUCUGAGGAAUACAGUGUGCCAGCAUCCGAUCCAGUCUCCUUUCACCUGCAGGUGUUCCAGAAACUUCAAAAUGCGUCUGGAAGAACUGAAAAGAUUGCAGAAUCCUCUAGAACGAGUUAAUGAUGGAAAAUAUUUAUUUGAAAAUCACCAGCUGGCCAUGGAUACAGAGAAUAAUAUUGAAAAGUAUUCCCUCAAUCUACAGCCCUUGGAAUCAAAGGUGAAAAUCAUUCAGCGAGCAUGGCGCGAGUACCUGCAGCGGCAGGAGCCCCUGGGGAAGAGGAGCCCGUCCCCACCCUCCCUCUCAGAGAAGCUGAGCAGCUCUGUCAGCAUGAACACCUUCUCUGACAGCAGCACACCCUUUGCCAGGGCCCCUUUUGGGAAGAUUCAUCCUUACAUCUCUUGGGGGUUGCAGUCACCUGGGGACAAGUUGCCUGGUGGAAGGAAGGUGAUUCUUCUCUACCUUGACCAGCCUGCCAGGCCCACUGGGUUCAUACAUACUCUCGAGGAGCCCCAGAUAGGAAGACUUGGUUUUCUCACCCUCCAGUGAAUGGACCUCAAGUUUAUGGAGGGAAUAGGAUGACCCCUGGCCUACACUGACUAAGCCUGUCAUCAAGAAAUGAGUUCCUCUAACAACCAUGAGUCCAUUUGGAACUUCUGUGUUAAAAGCCUUCAGUCCAAGUCAAAUGUUUUCAGUGAGCUGUGUCCCUGGGGAGUUCUUUGGGCCCUGCCUCUUGCUUGAUCUUUUCCAGGUUGUUGAACCUCAGCCCUCUUUCUCUGGGUUUAACCUAUUGCUGUUACUGCCUAGACAAUUUUCUAUCUUCUCAUAUCUGAUCAGCUGACUGUCUUGUCCCAAGUCCCUGCCUUCCUUCUACUAACCUCUAGCACAAACUUAAUGGAGGCCAACAUGCCCUUACCUAACUUGUGGACAUUGCCAGCUGCUCUCCAGCCCCACGCCCAUAACUGCAAUUAUUGCCUAUCUCAACUCUCUACCCCAGGCAUGUACUACACGGGAAAUCAGCUCACUAAUCUGGUCGAGUUCCUGUGUGGAGCUGAUAAUGAUGCUUCUGCAUGCUUCUGCUCUGAUUAUUUUGGCUAAGCAUAGUGGUUAAUAGAGUUCUUAGAACAUUUCUGCCUUAAAAUGUAUAACAAAAGUAAUGUUUAAGUAUGAGUGCUCAAAUUCAUUAUCUUAAUAAAAGCUGAGCACUUGUUCUGUGCCAGGCAGUCUGCUAUUAUCUUGUUUAAUCCUAUCAAUGAUCAUACAAAGAAAGGCACUAUUAUUAUCUCCAUUUUACAGGUGAUGAAAAUGAGAUUUAAAGAGAUAACUACCUUUUCUUGGGCCACCCAUUGGGUUGGAGCUCCAUAUUUUAUUCUUCCACUAUAUUCCUUGAAAAGAAGGCUGCAUUUAGACAUGGUCAAGCAAUCAGUUUGCAUUUCUGAGACUACUUUAC